AGAGAUUUAGUAUGUAAAAUCUAAUGUAAAAAAUGUUAAUCGUUGUAAAAGAAACACAACAGCCGAUUCGCAAGUGCUGUUUGACCGUCCCGGUUAUUAAUAGCAGAUGCGCAUCCGCCAGUGUCACCACAAGAAUGUUCGGCCGGUCGCCCGUAGUUUCGGUCAAGGGCAACUCGAUCGUGUGUAUUUCGUGGGUCUUUAAAUCUUGUGUCGGAAAAUUUCUGUGCAUCUCUUUGGCGAGUGAAUUUUUUGAAGCCAGUCAGGGAAGCAACCGCGCUGGAAGAAACGUGAAAUAUGAAAGUGAAAGUGAUGCAUUAGCCAAAACCAAAAAAAGGAAGUUAAAAACGUGUUAACAAUUUCUCGCCCUACCCUUUGGGUAGACGAUUUCGCUUUCCGGCGUGUCUAGUAGCCGUUGGAAGUUACAUCCAGAGAGAAAAGAACCUCAAAAAAUGAAUCCAACCAAACCGAAACCUGAGCCGCCAUCGGUGGAAGAGUGGAACAAACGGCUUCAAGGAUAUCCACCGAUGAAGGAAUCUCUGAACCAACUAAUUGUGAACUAUUUCAUCGGUGCGGGUUUCAAAGAGGCGGCUGAGAAAUUCAUCCAAGAAUCCAACACCACACCAACGGUAAACGAGUGUUCGAUAGACUUCCGCUCCCGGAUAAUCGAAACCAUCCGACAGGGUAACGCACUGGAAGCGAUGGAUUUGGUGGACAGUUUCGCACCAGGAUUGGCGGAAAGUGACCGUUGGAUGGUGUUCCGACUGCAGCAACUGCAGCUGAUCGAGCUGAUACGAGCUGGUUCGGUCGAAGAUGCGCUCCACUACGCACAAACGGUGCAAUGGGAAUGUCCAGGACGUACGCAGCAAGUGGCCAGUGAGAUUGAGCGCACCAUGGCACUGCUGUUGACGUUGCCACAGACUCGUGGCACGGACUCAUUCAGUUCGUUUAGUACUUUACUGGAGCAGCAGCAUCGAGAUCAGGUCGCACGAACAGUCAACGAGGCACUACUGCUCUGGGAUAAUCGGGAAUUGCCCUCCGCACGGAUGGAGCAUCUCUUCAAGCUGAUACUGUGGGCACAGGCCGAACUGGAAAGGAAGAUGGUUCAGUUCAGCAAGCUGAAAACUAUGGCCGAAGCUACAUUUGAGGUGGAAUAAAGUGAAAGAAUGGACGAACAGGGCCCGCUGAGAGCUGAUCCUCACAAUCAUCGGCGGCGACCUACUAAUGAUAGUGGAGCACAACCCCAAACCCCGGCACGCCCUGAGCUAAUGACGUAAGAGCGGCAAAACGUGGAUGUUGAUGAUGAUGAGUGGUGUUGUUAUCAACAAUGUUCGAAAAAAGAAGAUGAAAAAAACCGGAUGCCGGAGAAGAAUAGAGCGGGAAAAGUGUCACUUUUUGUUUGUUUGUUACACAUUCGGGCUUAAUUCCAGCGCUAAAGAACGUUGCUCCAACUUCAUCAUUUAUAGUACUCAGCAAGAACUCAGAUAAAAUGAGGUGAGGGUUGGGUACACUUGACGCCUCAACAAUUGUCUCAUUUUGAGGCCAAUCAUCUCUAACCAAUCGAUUAAGAAAAAAACGGUCUGCCCAAUGAAGGUUAAAUCGGCUGCCCACUUCAGGCUUUGCAGAGGACCGAAGCUAAUAACGGUUGUCUCCUGCUACCUCUCCCGCCUCCGCAGCUCAUAAAACGUAAUUGAUUCGCAUUCGUACACAGAGCUGGCCCUGUCUUGUUGUUGUUGUUGUUGUUGCGGCAUUAGAUUGGGUCAACAGCAUGGAGUGACCUUCGGGUGGACAACUAUGACGCGUUACACGGUACCGGUUCGUUGGAUGGUGGUCGUACAUACAAUAUCCCGUUCUGUAGGUUUUGCGGAAAGCUCCUGCAGUGCUCUUCAACUUCCACUAACGGCUCCGGAAAAAGGACCCGUUCCUGUACCGUUAUUAAUUGGCUCAUAAUUUUGAAGGGUUUUCAGCACCAACGCGCACCAACCUCGGGUUGGUUCACCCACGUGACUAAACGUGUUAAACAAUAAUGGCGCCACAGCAGCGUUUUGCAGAAGUUGAUCAUAAUUCAUCUUAGCAGCCUGGGUAGGAGAUGGUUUUGUUUGUCGCGUCCUCCGCUCCGUCCACUAUUUAGCGCCACCUGUUUGCGUAAAUCUUUCCCUUCUUUGCGAUGUUUGUGCUGGGGUGUAUUACGUAGCAAUUACACUUUGCGUACGGAAAACUCUUGUUUGUUUAAAUAG